ACAAUAUAACCAUGACUUUGUAAGCAGUCAGGUAGCUUUAAUAUUUUGAAAACUGUGCUGAACUGAGAAUGGCAUCUGGAAUACUUCUCCUCAAGCUUGCUACCCUAUCCAUAGCUUUCUUCUCCCUGGCACUGGUCCUCUUCGAUGGAUCGUGGAAUGCAGAAGGAUGGAUGAACAGGAUGAUAUGCGGUAUUUCUGGUCUAGGAUCGAUUUUCAUUGCUGGGCUAUUUGCAGUGUUAGCUCGCAUGAGAAUAUCCCCCUACUAUGAUGUCGCCACCACCCUACGACACCUCCUUGAAGUAUGGGCUGUUUAUUCAACCGGUAAACAGCAAUUGAAAAAGUUACGCGAAAUAUGGAGCCACUUCCGUUCUUCUCAAGAAAACCACCUCGUAAGAAUCCUCAAAGAGAACUCUCAUACCGCCUAUGGCAAGGAGUACAAGUUCACAGAUAUCCGUACAAUGGAGCAGUUCCGACAACGUCAUCCGGUGGUCACAUACGAGCACUACCGGAAGUACAUAGAGCGAGCGAAAGAAGGGGAAACCAACGUGAUGACUCCGCAACCUCCAUCGAGCUUCGUCCGGACAAGUGGUACGACUGGCCACUCCAAGUUCAUACCACUGAUAAAUCGGUUAGAUCUUCUAAAAACUAUGUUUGGAAGAUGCAGUGCUAGUGCCUUUGAGAACUGUCAAGGUUUGGGGCUUCUGCAGAAGCAGUUCCUGUUCUAUGUGGCCCCCAAGAUCACAAAGGCGAAGAGCGGCGCCAACAUCGAACCGUUUUUAGCUCUCUCCAGAGAGCAAGAGGAUAGGUUGAUUCCUUACACUACACCGACUGCUGGCUACCACAUCAGCACUUUGAAGGAAGCCUGUUACAUUCACAGUCUCUUUGCCCUACGCGAACCGACAAUCGGCGUGGUCUUCACCUUCUUCAUACACUACAUCGAAAGCAUGAUGAAACUUAUGGAACGUCGAUGGUCUGACCUUGUCGACGAUAUCGCUCACGGAACCAUCCACGACGACAUCGAGCUCGAUGCCGGUAUCAGAUCGGCAUUGACAACUGCACUAGGAAGCGGCAACCCUGAGAGGGCCUGCUUUCUUAGAGGUGAAUUCGAGAAGGGGAUGACCAACAUUCUUAAGAGAGUUUGGCCGGAUUUUGCCCUGGUGAUUGGAAUCGAUAAUACUGGUAGCUGGCAAAAUAUCGAAAGGAAAUUUGCCAAAGGCAUCCCGCUGCUACCAUUCGUAUACGGUUCCUCUGAAGGGAUCAUUGGUCAUGCGCUUUUGACUUUGGACCAGCGGAAAGGAUACAGCCUUUUGCCACAUGAGCUUGUUUAUGAGUUCAUCAAGUUCGAGGACACAGACGAGAAACAACCCAAGACUUACUUGGCAGAUGAAGUCGAGAUUGGUCAGCGGUAUGAGUUGGUCAUAACUCAAAUAAAUGGAUUCUAUCGAUAUAGGAUGGGUGACAUCAUCCGUGUCAUCGGCUUUGAAGACGGCAGCAAAGAAGCCCCUAUCAUAGAAUUCCAAUACCGGAUUGGAUUGAUGCUAAACGUAAGGUACGAAAAACUCAAUCAGAUGGAUGUCAAAGAAACUGUCAAGUCUUGUGUUGGUACAUGGUCCGGAGUGAAACUCGUCGAUUAUGCAGUGUCUGAGAGCAAUCUGAUCAACGAAGAAAGUCCAGCCUAUGAGAAGGAUGAGAUCAUGCCCUACUACCUUAUCUUCUUAGAAUUAGAGUUUGGAGAUAGGAAGGAACCAAUAUCAUCGGAUGAAAAACGAAUGAUUGAUGUUAAAUUUCGUGAUGUUAACAGCGACUAUGCUAGACUUCGUCGUGAAGGCUCUAUUUCACAGCCCAGGGUCCAUAUUGUGAAACCCGGUACAUUUGAUGACCUCAAAAGCUACAUCCUACUGCAUACCGAUGCAAGCGCCAAUCAGUAUAAGGUACCGCGUAAAAUGCGUACGUAUGGUAUGCUGGAGUUGAUGCUCAAUCACAUUCAAGGUUGAAAGUGAUGUGUUAUCAUUCUCAUCGUCAGUUACAUGAGCAAGAAAAUGAAUACUAUGAAGCGUAUUGGGUAGGGAACACGAAAUUACUUCGAAAAAUGUGUGUGUAUUGGGUGGGAGUGCUGAACAAGUCUAGAAUCACACUUUAAUGGUAGUUUUCGGGUUUUUGGACAUGGUUACUGAAGGGGGAGUUGGCCACCCGGUGGUUCUGCAGCCUUUCUCUCUUUUAUCAGUAAUGCAUAUGAACAUCGAAAAGCUUUAUGAUUAUUGUGUUGAUAAAAAAUGGUACAAAUAAUUUUAAAAGCAUUAUUGAUUAGUUAAAUACUGUUCACACCUGAAGGAAACAAAUUCAACACGGCCAUACCGAAGCAUGUCGACGAGCUUUUAAUAAGCUGUUUGUAAACACUUGAGCAUAAACACGAUCUUAUAUAAGACUCACGAUCAAUCUCCAACGUUGGGAGUGUUUUGUAGGUUUCAUAUUCUCAAGCAUAU